AUGCAAAAUUUGAUUCGGUGCUUCAAAUAUGUGAGUUCCUUCAGUCUCGUUGACUUAGCAAGUCAAGUAAUAGGAAAUGAUCUCAUUAUUACCGAAUGCGAUGGUAGCUUCGAUCGAUUGUUCAAAUGGAGGCGUUUUCAGAACGGUUUCAAGGAGGCUAAAGCCUGCAGGAAACCAAUAUUGCUAUUUGUUCACAAACCAUUAUGCCCCGCUUGCCAGACAUUGAAACAAAAGUUCUCAAAGUCUGUAAGACUGAUGGACCUUAGCGAUAGCUUCGUCAUGAUACAGGCGGAACAGGAGAAGUGCAAACACAUGGACGAACAGAAGUUUCUGCCCGAUGGAAAAUAUGUGCCUAGAAUUUUGUUCUUUACGCCGGAUGGCGAUUUCAUCGAGGACGCCUAUAACAAACACCCGAACGCCGACAAGGAGCACAAAUAUUUCUACAGUAAUCCCUCGCAAAUUGCGGAGUCCAUGUUAUUCGUUCUGAGAGAGUAUAUUAAAGGGCCACUGUCGGUACUGUUCGAACACGAACGAUGGAAAUCAGACAAUUGGGACACGGAUGACGACGUUCUGACUCCCACCGUGUUGUCUUGA